CCGCUGCUCACAGGACUUCUCCCUGUGUGUGCCCGCAGGGAUUUACCUGUCCAGGCCAGGAGGCUGGUGGACCUGAUGAAGAAUAACACGAAUGUAAAUUUCCAGGAAGACUGGAAGAUAAUAACCCUGUUUAUAGGAGGCAAUGACCUCUGUGAUUUCUGUGAUGACACGGUUCACUAUUCUCCCGAGAACUUCGUAGCCAACAUUGGGAAGGCUUUGGACAUCCUCCACGCUGAGGUGCCUCGGGCGUUUGUGAACCUGGUAAAGGUGCUGGAGAUCAUCAACCUGAGGGAGCUGUACCAGGAUAAGAAUGUCAGCUGCCCGAGGCUGAUCCUCCGGAAUCUGUGUCCCUGCGUCUUGAAGUUUGAUGAUAACUCAACAGAACUUGCCGCCCUCAUCGAGGCAAACAAGAAGUAUCAGGAGAGGACUCACGAGCUGGUUGAGAGUGGGCAGUACGACACGAGGGAAGAUUUUACAGUGGUCGUGCAGCCAUUCUUUGAAAAAGUGGACAUGCCGAAGACCCCGGAGGGGCUGCCUGACAGCUCUUUCUUCGCUCCUGACUGUUUCCACUUCAGUAGCAAGGCUCAUGCCCAUGCCGCCUCUGCCCUCUGGAACAGCAUGCUGGAACCUGUUGGCCAGAAGGCAAGACAGUAUAACUUUGAAAGCAAGAUAAACAUCACAUGUCCAGACGAGGUCUGGCCGUAUCUGAGCACCUACAAGAACAGCGUGAAGGACCACGGGAGCUGGCUGAUGUGCAGUGACAGAGCCCCUUCUGCCUCGCCGCCCACCUCAGUGCAUGCCCUGAGACCAGCAGACAUCCAAGUCGUGGCUGCUCUGGGAGAUUCUCUGACCGCUGGCAAUGGAAUUGGCUCCAAACCAGAUGACCUUUCUGAUGUCACCACUCAGUAUCGAGGGCUGUCAUUUAGUUCAGGAGGGGACAGCUACCUGGAGAAGGUGACCACCUUACCGAAUAUCCUUCGGAAGUUUAACGGAAACCUCACAGGCUAUGCAGUGGGCACGGGGGAAGCCAACGACACGAAUGCAUUCCUCAAUCAGGCUGUUUCUGGAGCAAAGGCUAAGGAACUUGCGAGCCAAGCCCAGACUCUGAUACAGAAGAUGAAAGAUGACCAUAGAGUAAAUUUCCACGAGGACUGGAAGGUCAUCACCGUGCUGAUUGGAGGCAGUGAUUUAUGUGACUACUGCACGGAUUCGAAUCUGUAUUCUGCAGCCAACUAUUUUGACCAUCUCCGCAAUGCCUUGGACAUCCUGCAUAGAGAGGUACCCAGGGCGCUGGUCAACCUCGUGGACUUCAUGAGCCCCAGUGUCAUGCGGCAGGUGUUCCUAGGGAACCCUGACAAGUGCCCAGUGCAGCAGGCCAGCAUUUUGUGUAACUGUGUUCUGACUCCACGGGAGGGCUCCCAAGAGCUGGCCAGGUUGGAGGACGUCACCCAAGCCUACCAGAGCAGCAUGCGCGAGCUGGUGGAGUCCGGUCGCUACGACACACGGGAGGACUUCUCCGUGGUGCUGCAGCCCUUCUUCCACAGCAUUCAGCUUCCUGUCCUGGCGGAUGGGCACCUGGAUAUGUCCUUCUUCGCCCCAGACUGCCUCCACCCAAGUCAGAAAUUCCACUCCCAGCUCUCCAGAGCCCUUUGGGUCAAUAUGCUUGAACCGCCAGGAAGGAAAACUGAUACCCUGGACCUGACGGUGGAUAUACCCCUCUCCUGCCCCACUCAGAAUGAGCCCUUCCUGAGAACCCCCCGGAACAGUAACUACACGUACCCCACUGAGCCAGCCACGGAGAACUGGGGCAGUGACCUCCUGUGUGCUGAGUGGGAUCCUUCCAACAGUGUCCCUACAUCAGUCCAUGAGCUUCGACCCGCGGAUAUCAAAGUGGUGGCCGCCCUGGGUGACUCGCUGACUACAGCAGUGGGAGCCCGACCCAGCAAUGCCAGUGACCUCCUCACAUCCUGGAGGGGACUCUCCUGGAGCAUUGGAGGGGAUGGCAACUUGGAGACCAUCACCACACUGCCUAACAUUCUGAAGAAGUUCAACCCUAAAAUCCUCGGCUUCUCCACUGGCACACAGGAGGAGACGGCGGGGCUGAAUGUAGCAGUGGAAGGGGCAAGAGCUUGGGACAUGCCGGCCCAGGCCCGGGACCUCGUGGAACGAAUGAAAAACAGCCCUAAAAUCAACUUAGAGAAAGACUGGAAGCUCAUCACACUCUUCAUUGGGAGCAACGACUUGUGUCAUUACUGCGAGAAUCCGGAGGCCUACUCGCCCAGGGAGUAUCUUCAGCACAUCCAACAAGCCCUGGACAUCUUCUACAAGGAGCUUCCAAGGGCUUUCAUCAACGUGGUGGAGGUCAUGGAGCUGGUUGGCCUGCACCAGGGCCAAGGCGGGAAAUGUGUCAUGCCACUGGCUGCCCAGAGCAACUGCACCUGCCUCCGAGGCUCCCAGGAGAACUCCCCGGAGAUGCAGAAACUGAAGACAGUGAACUGGAACUUCCAGAGUGGCCUCUCCAGGUUCUCCUACCAGCACGAGUACCUGCAGCGCGAGGACUUCGCCGUGGUCGCGCAGCCUUUCUUCCAGAACACUCUCGUCCCUCUGAAUGACCGAGGGGGCGCUGACCUCACCUUCUUCUCUGAGGACUGUUUCCACUUCUCAGAACGCGGGCAUGCAGAGAUGGCCAUCGCUCUCUGGAACAACAUGCUGGAACCAGUUGGCGGUAAGACGACCUCCAACAACUUCACCUACAGCAGAACCAAACUCAAAUGCCCGUCUUCUGAGAGCCCCUACCUCCGUACCCUGAGGAACAGUCAGCUGCUCCAAGACCAGGCUGAAGCAGACCCCCAGGUGCUCUCCUGGGCCCUGCCAGUGGCGGCAGGAGGCGGCCUGGUGGUUGGUGUCAGUGCAAUGAUGAUAUGGAGAGCCCUGAGAGGUCGCCAGAGGGAAAAUCUGCCCAUCGAUCUGAACACGAUGCGUUUCUAGGCCUGCCAGCCACAUGCAGGCUCCCAUCCUAACUUCCCCAGCCACGCUCCCCACCAGCCCCUACCUCAGCUACCCCUGGCCCUCACUUCACCUCACUUCAACACCUGGCGACAUACGAAGCCAAAGGGACAGUCACAACUUCUUGGGGCCUGAGACCUUUGCUUCUGAAAUUGGCACAUUUAAAUAAAGGCCAAAGCUGUUCUA